UCGCUCUUCCUUGCAACUCGGCUUUACACAGUAUGGCCGGCGAUAUUAGCUAGCGCUCGCUUUACGGUAUUCUCUGCAAAAGGGAAGACGGUAAACCCAAGAAAGCUAUACCUGGACUGCUAAAGGACUGUACUGAAAUAUUAACUUAACUAUCAAGGAAGGAUUAAUUAAGUUGAAAAUAAGCAACGUGUGAUUUCUGUUGUUCGUGUCUGUUGUCUCACGAUGGAAGAGAACGGUGCACACUUCUUCGAGGGGACCGAGAAGCUGUUGGAGGUGUGGUUCUCCCGAGAAGAUGAGACCAAAGGAACCGGGGACCUUCGUACCAUCCCAAGAUUUCUCGCCACUAUGAUUCCCUUUGCUGUCGGGUGACUUUGGAUUAACGUGGUUUGAGUGGGACAAGCUGCUGGAGAAUGUGCAUUGUUUGAUCAUAAGUGUGACAAAAACUGACAAGCAGGAAGCUUAUAUACUCAGUGAGAGUAGCAUGUUUGUCUCCAAGAGACGUUUCAUUUUGAAGACAUGUGGAACUACCCUCUUACUGCAAGCACUGGUUCCUCUGCUGGAACUCGCCAGAGAAUACUGCGGCUUUGACGCUAUCGAGAAUUUUUUUUAUUCCCGUAAGAACUUCAUGAAGCCAGCCCACCAGGAGUUCCCACACAGGAACUUCCAGGAGGAAGUUGAGUUCCUUGGCCAGAUAUUCCCAAAUGGAGCAGCGUAUUGCAUGGGCCGCUUGAACACUGAUUGCUGGUACCUGUUUACUCUGGAUUUGCCAGAGUUAUGGGAGAACAAGCAUGCGGAUCAGACCCUUGAAGUUCUCAUGAGUGAUCUCGAACCAGCGAUUAUGGACCAGUUCUACAUGAAAGAUGGUGUUUCUGCAAAUGAUGUCACUCGUAUGAGUGGGAUUCGUGACCUGAUACCAGGUUCUGUGAUUGAUGCCACAAUGUUCAACCCCUGUGGCUAUUCAAUGAAUGGAAUGAAGAUUGAUGGAACUUACUGGACGAUCCACAUCACUCCAGAGCCCGAGUUUUCCUAUGUUAGCUUCGAAACUAACCUGUCUCAGACCUCCUACGACGAUCUGAUUAGGAAAGUUGUCGACGUCUUCAAGCCGGGGAAAUUCGUGACUACACUCUUCGUUAACCAGAGCUCCAAAUGUCGCAGCGUCUUCUCUUCUGCACAGAAACUUGAGGGAUACAAGCGCCUCGACCGCCAGUUGGCCCAAUUCAAUGAUUACAAUUUCGUCUUUACCAGUUACGCUAAGAAUCGCCAGCAGCAGCAGCAGAGCUAAAUAUGAAGAAGCGCAAAAAGAAAGGCGACCGCUGGGGGCUCGUCCCCGGGGGCCGUUUUCUCCGAGUUGGAAUCACUCUGUCACUCUGCUGCCGUCGUUCCAAGUUAACAGGCCCUAGUUUAACUUCGAGUUUGAAUUGUAUGCAUUCUUGUAUCUAUGAUUUAGAUAUCCUGCAUGAAAGCUCUGUUCUCUGUUUAGGUAUGCUAGCCCACUCUUGCUGUAAAAUUGAAGUGCAUGUAGAGGAAUUAACCGCGCACUGUUUGACACGCCCUUUGGGUGCCCCCUCACGCACCCACCAUUGUGGCCCCUUCCUACAAGUCUCCCCCCGCAUCCCUCACAGACAGGGCUUCCGUGCCCACUAGGUGGGGGCCCUGGUACGCUCAGAUGGGAACACGCUCGCAUUGUGUGGUUACGCUCCUACUGCUAGCCAGCAGGCUUGCCCAUGAAUUUUUCCAGCCCGUACCCCGCAAGUAAGUGUCUCCAUGCCAACGGAAAGCACUUUGAGUACCUGCUCUGACCGCAUGAUCCUCACACACUUGCGCUGUGUGUUUUUUUUUUUCCCCACCAAGUGCUGGCGUGGGUGGGCAGCUCGGCCGUGACGGGAGGGCAAGGGAACGAUCUACGUCCUAAAACCCAUAACAUUUCAUCUACAUUUGACCUUCUGGUAUCUCGCGUUCAGUGGACACAGGUACAAAAUGCCAUUUGAGUAUAUAAUAUAAAAAGCACUUUAGUAUGGCAUACUUGAAAUGGCAGUUUGCUACACUUCCAGGUUUUAGCCCUCCAGUUUUUGUCAAGUGAGUAUUAUUAAUCAACACACAGCACCGUAACCUCUCGAUGAAAUAAGCAGGAAGUAAUUUACCUGCAUGGCUUUAAUUGGCUUUGAUGGGCAUAAACCCAAACUGGGGCGCUCUGCUAAGUAGUAAUAUGGAGCAGCUCCUGGAACCUGGCCUUCCUGAUCCAGCUCAGGCCCUCUGCUAGCAUCUUGGUACCAGCUUAGCUUCGGCACGUCUGGGUCUAAUACUGACCUGGUACUGAAGUGCUAAAUUAAGGCUGUGCCUAAGCUCUGCAGGGGCGGGUAGGUUCUAUUUAUAGGCAAUUUAUAGGUUAUAUUUCAAGGCAAUCUAGUCAUUUGUUGACUGUUUGACAUCCAGUAUUGGGGCUUUGUAACGUUCCUGUGCAGUGUGGCCACAGAAUGCUGGCUUUUCCUACUAUGUUGUGUGACCUAAAAUGGACAUAAUGAAUCUGACCCCCCCCCCCCCUCCAGUUUUGUGAAUGACAUGGCUUCUCCCAGAAACGGGUAACCACACAAUGGAUGCUCACCAAUCUCGGCAUGCCAGGGUCAUCCCGGAUCAUUCCACACGACUAUUGCAUAGACUGCCAUUAUGUUUUUUUUUCUUUUUUUUUACUGUACACAGACAUGCUUGCAGUGAAUCGGUCCAAAAUGUGACACUUGCAGCUUUUGGAGUAGCAUCAAUGCCCUUUGUUCAGUGGCGGAGGUCCUGUGACUCUAGUGCAUGUGACUUGUACUGUAUUUCUCUACAGUGUUGUGCGCUGCAGUUGUGUUCACCCUGUAUUUAAUGCGCUUCAUCCUUCCCUCCUUUCAGCAGCUGUAAUUUAGUUGAAACAGAAACAUCCUGACCUUGACUGGGCAUGUGGUAACUGAAACCUGUUCCCAGGAAAAAGUCGGGGAGGAGGGGGGGGAGGAGUCUGAUGUAAUUGAACGCAGCUUCUUCAGUUGGGAGAAUUAAAUCUAAGUGAAAACGCAGCUGUGAUCACUAGGCUGGCGUACGGAGCGACUAUGAGGUGAUACUCGUACACUCGUCCUUCUCCAGGCAGAGAGCGCAGGUUGACUUAAGCACAGGAACAAGGGAACGUUUGCUUUUCUGAGCUGCUCUCGGCAGUUAGCAUUUUGUUUAGGUUUCAGUUUUCAAUUAUGAAUGACUUCUGGGAUAUUCCGCUAAGUGGUAAAACAGCCACGCUUCUAACGUUUUCCUGACCAGUGGACCACUUGAUUCUGCACUUAAAGCGAGGACCAAAAAAAGUAGCUCAGAGCUGCUUUCUCUGUAUCUGGUUCUCAAAGCGCAUUUGCCCACAUGUGGUUGGACUGUAUGGUCCUUGCUGGGUUUGCCCACUGCAACAUUUUAACACCAGCUAGCCAAUAGCGAGUGACGUGUAAGUACAUAUGCUCACCAUACUGAACAUGAUUGUUUUGUUUUGUUUUUUCUCCACCCCCAUCCACAGUAAUAGUUUCACAAUUUUCCACUGCAAGGCUGAAGUGCUUUAGACCAGUUGUUCACUGUAUUGUAAGCUGGUUACAAAUCCACUCAUUUUGAGGCUUUGUAAUAUACAAAUCAGCUUCCCAGUUGGUCUCCCACCUACCAGUUCUCACUUGAUCCUUCAGGAAAGCUUUCCUGGGUAAGAUUUCAGUAAAGUCAAACGAGGAUGGGCAGAAGCAUGAAAUAUCAGGAUGUGCUGAAGGAAAACUUUGCUGUUAAUUCUUUUGCUAGUCUUUGGUUGGUCAAGAUGUGCUGAUUAUCUGUACUAUGAGCUUGAUGCUUUAAUAAAUGCUUUUAUUAAACAA